AUGACGGCGCCUCCAUACGGCGCACCACACCCACUGCACAGGAAGCCAUUGCCUGGUCCAGGAGUCGUUGUCCGCCCUGCGCAGACAUAUUCACAUCUGCAGCCCGACGCAGGCCAAGCAGGCCACUCCCGCACCCGCACCACGUCCUCAGGCGUCUUUCCUAUGAGCUCGGCUGCUGUCUCUGCCUCUCCAACAACAUACACCCCGCCAGGCACAAUGCACACCUCGCAGUAUCCCACACAAUACCCACCGCAGCAGAUCAUGGGCUCAGGAACGCGCCGCACCCUGUCCAACGCAACGUCGUCAACCACCUCGACCACCGGGACCCCAGCCCGCUCCAACAGUGGUCUCCGCCGCUCGUCGUCUGCUCGCUCAGGCAACUCCCCUUCCUCAUACGUCGCGCUCAUGCGGAAGCAGAAAGCCACCGUAUGGUGCGAUCGUGCGCAAUACGAAGACCCCCGCAUACUCGCGCAACAACGGGCCGCCAAGCAGCGCGCAGAGAGGGAAGUCGCAGGUGGGCCACAUCAUGCGUCUCCACGGAACGUGGCGGGCAGUUCGAGUGUAGCUGCGGGCGUGAGGUCAAAGAUCAGACACCAUGGUGCACCAAAGGCUUCGUUAUAUGCGCCGGCGAAUCUGGCAGGGACCGGGGUGCCGAUGCGGCUGAGUGCCAGCGAGGUUGACGAGGGCGACAGCGAGGACAAUGGAAGCAUUGGCAUGGGUGCAGGCGGAGGAGCAUACCAUCACCGCACAGGAUCUGGCCGCAGUUCCCUUGGAUCAGGACGCCGCAUCGCCUACGCCAAUCCCUCUGGGCGUUUAUCUUCCAACUCUACCCCGCCAUCGGGGCACAACUCGUCACCGUCGGAAGGAGGCAUGGCAGAUCUAAUGGAAGAGGAGACGCCUGUUCCAGGAUACAACAAGUCUACUGACUACUUCGAGCAUACCAAAACCGGCCUAUCUGGUGGCAGUGGCAGCAGCGGGGAAAGAAACUUCGGUGAUGCGGGGCAGAUGCCACAAGGCUUGCCGAAGAUCGAGGUAGACAGGAAGACCAGCGACGAGCUGCACAGGCGAGGCAGCGUGGACGAGCGAACCAUGACCAUGGGCAACACCCGUCUUUUCAUUGCAAACCCGGAUCUCAGCGAUUAA